AUCGCCUCGGUCGGUUGGUCAGUUCAAGCCUGCUUUCGGAGCCCGCAGCUUCCUGGUUUGCAUCGGGGGACCAGCCGUGACACCUGAUCCCUUGCAAUUGUGCAAGAGCAGAGAGUGCCGCUUGCUCACCCAGGUGCCCGUCUCCUCCUUCCCCUCCCCUCUGCCCUCCCUUCCCCUCUGCCAGCCACACCUGGGAGAGCUUAAAGCUUGGCCUGGGCCAGGCCGGAUCCCACACCUUCCUUCAGGCAGAGCCACCAUGAUGCCCGGGAGCAGCCGCGGUCCCCUCCUCCUCUUCUCCCUGGUGGGGCUCCUCUCUACCUGUGCUCAGGAACCAGACACAGCUGGACGGAACACCACAGCGGUUGCCGAGAAACCUGGCACCUGUCCCAAAGCAGAGUUGGAGCCGCCCAGUGGGAACUGCACAGAAGAAUGCCAGACCGAUGCCAGCUGCGAGGGGAGCCAGAAGUGCUGCCAGACAGGAUGCAGAACUUCUUGCCAGAUCCCAAACGACAAACCUGGGUCCUGCCCAGUUUUGAGCCAACCCAUCCCACCACUGGGUGUUUGCAGAGACACAUGUAAAACGGAUUCGAACUGCGAAGGCAACCAGAAGUGCUGCAAGAAUGGCUGUGGGAAUUUCGGUUGCGCAGCUCCUGUUUCCUGAGAUGCAGCUGAGACCCACAGAGCAGCUCAGGCUGGGGAAUCCAAUGUCUCCCCCGAACCGGACCCUGAAGAAACGACCGUGACGCCCUUGAGCCCCUUCCACCCACCCCCCUGCCCGCCCCC